AUGGCCAACUUGGCAUCGUCCAUGGUUUCCUGGUUCGCACUGUUCUUCGCCACUGCGGACGCAGCGCUUCCCGGUGACAAGUCGUGUUUGCUGCAGAGGGCUCCGCCUUCUGCCAUCACUAGUGACCUUAGUGGAGAUAUCGGAGAAAGCCAGGGCACCUUCUCCAUUUGGCGCUACUCUGGAGUGGAUGCGAUUCCCGCUUCACAAAGGAACAAAGUUCCGGUGGAUUGGCAGAUCUACACGCGCUACUCGGGGCACCCAGCCUUCACGAAAGGCUUGCUUCUGGUGGACAACUCCGGGGGAAAAAAGCGUCAGGCGUUGGAAAUCACUGCGCAGGACUGUCAGUGGAGAGCACAGAAAGGAGACCAAGAAUGGACUUUGGUGAAAGAUGGAGAAAGCCUGUCAGUUCCUGACGGGAACGACUAUGUGACCGGCUUCAUCAUGACAAAGAAAGAUGGGCGGCUGAAGGGUCAAAGCAAUGUUCGCUUGAACAUGCAGAUGAAAGACUUUGCCCAAGACGCGGCCCUGCUGAGCCUCGCUUGUCGACCCAAGCAACACAUCAAUUUCCAGAUGGCCAUGCAGCAAAGGCACGGCAGCGACCUUAUGCAGGGCGCGUUGGCGCCACGGAUGUCCUUCAUCGAGGCCUCCGCGUCCUUCGUCGAGCCGUCCUUUGUGGCGAGCUCCAUCGACAGCGACGACGCUGUCGAAGUGAAGAGCCACUGGGAAGAGCUGGGAGGCAGCGCCCAGGCGGCAGCAUAUUUCCAGAUGGAAGAGGCCCAGAAAAUCUCCUUGCUGCAGAGCUCAAGCGGGUGGGAUGUCAACCACUCUGACAGCAAGCAGCUGGCUACGUCCUUUGCCGCUACCAGUUGUAGCGAGGAGGAACAAGAAGAAGCCAGAAAGACCUGCUCCAAACAUUUGGGCUCCAAGAAGAACCGCAACAGCGAGGAGGAAGCCAUGUUCGAGGACUGCGUCUUCGACGUGUGCCACGGCGCCGGUGAGACGGCCGCGGAGAUGGCGGAGGAGCUCAUGAUGUCCGGGCCGGGGCCACAGAUGGCGCCCGAAAUGGCAGCUCUCACGGAGGAGGAACGACAGGAGCUGCUGGAGGACGCGAGGAGGGCUCCGCGUGUUGUAUCGAGCUGUCAGCUCUUCGCGGAAGCCAUGCUGUUGGAUGACCACCUGGAGGACGUGGUCAUCUUUCCAGAUGGCCUUCGCAGGGUGGGUUUGGCUCCGGAGGAAGCGCUUCCUGGUUGGCUUUGCGAUGCCAUGAAGCAAGGCUCUGUUCUGAAAUGCUUGAAGUCGUUGGGCCCAAAGGAGCUCAGUGAACAUAAGGCGGCCCUGGAGUAUCCAGACGACCGAGGGGUGCAGCGAGAAGCCCUGCCGUUGCCCUAUCCAUUCUGCCUCUGGCAGGGUGGAGGCCUGGCCCACAGCACCAUGCCGGAAGCCUGGCGCGACCUGCAGCAGCGCUGCAGUGCGGUGGAGGAGAUGCUGAAGCGCGGUGAGUUGGAGGAGUCUCAGCUUUAUGCCUGCGAAAUGCGACGCUUGCGUGAGCGGGAAGCCAAUCAGGCUGCGGCUGCAUAUGGCUGUGAGGAGCGAACCAAGAGUCUGUGCUUGCGCCAUGGCCGAGAUUGGCUGGCCGCGCUGUCCAAGUGGACCUUGUAUUGGAACUGCUACGAUGAUGGCGUUUUCAUCGGUGGCAGAGGCAGCGGCAAGGGCUUGCACGUGGACCAGGUACUUUGGAGCAAUCUGGGAAAGCACUGGCAAGGGCACAAGAUUCUCAUCACCUGGCCUGCAGGCGAGGAGAGCGCCCGCUUGGUGCGCGACAUGGGCGACGCGAACUUCCGAGGGCCGCUGGCGCCGCAGCAGCUGGCGGCCUUGAGAUGCGCCUCAAAGAUUGCCUUGCUGAGACCUGGGGACCUUUUCCUUUGCAGUGGAGGCGUAGCGCACGCCACCAUCAGUGUGUCGGAACAGCUGACCGUUACUGGCUAUGAGUCCUUUGUAGGACUGCAGCCGCGGCUUCUGGGUCACAUGUUGCAAACCGGGUCUUCCUGCGGAGCCUGCGCCCUAGACAAAGG